GUAAACUUGGCCUAUACCCGACAUUGCCUUUUCGAUUUGCUCUAGUCUCCUUUUUGUCGCCGUAAGGCUAAAAAUUCACAUGUCUUUCUUCGUCGACAUCGUUAGCGAGGAUUCCUUCUAUGAAAAUCUGAUGCUCGGUGUCUCCAAGCUUCUCGAAGCGAAUCCUUGCGUGAAAAACGUACAACUCGAACGUCGUGGCGCCUGUGACAGAGCUGCUCUCUCCACCUGGGAGCAGAAACAUUGUUGCCUGUUGACCGAGGAUUUGAGAAAUUUUUACGCGUCUACCGAUGGAUUUUUACUCACAUGGAGCUUGGAGAUAUCAGGCGAGGAGUUUCCAAUCGGUCGGAUGGAAGUAAAGGAGCUGGUAUCACUUAGACGUCACGUUGGCGUACCAAUCAACAACAACGCCAAAGAUCAAACCGUCGAGUCGACAAGUAGUAAUACCAGUGUAAGCAGCGACGAAGUUAAAUCAAUGAUUGUCGAACCAACAUUUGGUGGGUCACGGUGUAAACUUUUCGAGUUGGCCGAGUGCGCACAUUGUCGCAUUUUUUUGGCUUACCAACUACAACCCGAUCAAGACGAGCCGUCGGUUUGGCUCUAUAAUACGCCAACCAAUCGAUGGCAUUAUUUGGCAGAUAGCUUUUCCAAAUAUUUCCGCAUGAUGCUCGUGCAUCUUGGACUGCCGAUGUGGCAAGUUUGCGCUGCUGGACUGCAAUUACCUACGUGGCUUGAACAGGUCUACCUACUAGUCGGUCCGCACCUACUACCGUCAACGUCAGCAGCGACCGCCACUCGAAGUGUCUCCACGGAUACCAGCUUGUGGAACGACGGUCCAAUCAACGUCAUCGAUCCUGGUGUAUUUCGUGGCAAAGACCACCACUAUGCGAACACUACUGGCAGCGGCGGCGCUGGUGCCGGUACCAGUAGCAAGCAGAAAACAACUACCACCUCGACAACCGCCUCGACUUCCACGUCAACCAGCAACGCUAGGAAAAAAUUGUCUUCUCACUGAUGUUCUGGCAUCCUUGGCCCAAUUGGCACAAAUAAGACAACAACUGCUUGCCAACGGAUACAUGGAAUGCGUGAAAAAUGCGUUUUUCUUAUCCUCGCCCCUCCUAUAUUCAAUGGUUUUCCUCGCGAGAUGAUCAUUAAUAGCGGGUUUUUGCUAAUUAGACUAGCGCGAAGAACGCACAACAACCAAAAACGAGCAUAGU